AUGGAUCCAGCACAAAAGAAAGGAUUCUUUUCGCGUUGGUUUGGGGCGGCCGAUUCUCCAUCACGACAACAAGUCGAACAAGCACAUUCAACAACACAAUCGGCUAGAGAGGAUUUCAUUCGACACCAGGACCCAGAUUUCGCUACAAUUGAGCAGUAUCGCCGGGAUCUCGAAGCGCUACAAGAAAGAGAUGCGGAUAAAAUGCCGAACGGCCAAUCUUUGCCGCCCGAUCGCUUUCAGCGAAUCCGAGACGGUUCGGUGCCGGCUGGCCCUCGGGUGCAUUUCUCGGAUGAGCCGCGAACGAGAGCCGAAAGCGCUCAUCCACCACCACAACGUCGCCCCUAUUUCCCGUCGGAUCAACGCUCAGCACAAGCGCAACGAAAGAAAGAUCUUCACUCAUCAUCGACGGCGCUUGAUGAAGCAACCGCUGAUCUGUUGAGACUCUCAGCUGAACCAUCACCGGUUCUUCAACGAGCCACUCAAAAGUUGACAAAAGCCGCCUCGACAAGCUCCGUGCAAAGAACGAUUCAGACAAAGGAUGGAGGAGCCUUGAGACCGGGACCGAUUAUGACUUGGGAUACGAAUCGAACCACUGACAGUGAGGCCUCGGAGGUUGAAAUGUUGACGAGUCGGGGAAGGACACGGGGUCGAGCCGACGCUCCACCACCCGGUCAACGACAAGGACACUCGGAAGAUGACACUCUCGAUUUGUCAGAAUGGUCGAUGACCGUGACUGCUUCUGAUGCGAUCCCUUUCUCGCAUCAAUCGCCACCAAAUGGACGAUCGGCUUUCUCGAAAGCGCUCCCCAUUCAAUCGGGACAACAAUUCGCGCAAUCAACGACCACUCAACAAACACAUGAGAACGCUCACGUCAUCCGCAUUCAACCCGUUCAACACGCACCGCCACCAUUGGCUCAAAAACAACAACAACAACAACAACAACAACAACAACAAUAUGGGGUUUCUCCUCAAUCGGGUCCUUCACGAGACACAUCAACAGAUGGACGUCAAGCUGUUCGGGAAACGGAAGCCGUUUACGAAAAACAGACUAAAGGGCCUCCCGUUGUUCGAACGACCGUUGAAGGAAAGUUGAGAAUGGAAAAAAUUGUGGGAGCCGAUUUGAUCACUGUCGACAGUUGUGUGUCAAGUGCUUGGACUGUUCGAGAUACUGUCACACAUUACAAGAUUAAAACUACAAUCGGUAAAAGAAGUCUAAUCGUUGAAGAGGGUCAAGAAUCAAAAUUCCGAAUCACUUUGAUUGAGAAUGGGGAAACAAAAGCUGAACGUGAAGCCACAUUGGAUGUACCAGAAGGACAGAGCAAGAAGGACUACUUGACGGAGGUCUCAAAGAAGUUGCUGACUGAUUUGAAUGCUCUUGAUGAGGAACGGCUGACCGCAGUGACUCACGUGGAAAUCGAGGUGAUCGAAGAUGUGACAAACAUCUUGAAAACCUAUGUGAUCGGUGAAAGAGCCGACGAAUUUUAUGAACAAGUGGGUGAUCAAGUGCCCGCCAUCGAGACUUUCCAUGUUGAGGAUCACGUAGAUCGGACGCCAAGUCCACUAGCUGUUGAGAAAUCGGAGAAGAUCUAUGUGGAUCGACUAGAGUUUGAGGAGGGAAAACUAGAGCCAGAAAAAGCUGAAUACCAUCUAGAGAAAGAGGGAAUCCACUAUGAAGGAGAGGGGACAAUGCGAAGAUUGCAAAGACACGAGACAGAGCAGGGAAUGGAUGAAAGUGUGCAUAGAGAGCGGUGUGCACAUGUGUUCGCCGAUUGUGAUUUGGUGAAGCGAGAGGACACUUCCGAUUUCACUGUUCGUUACGCAGUGCCCCUUGUGCACAUGAUCACCUUUGCGCUUCGACAUCAACGUUUGCGUAGAGAAGAACGAUCAAGACAUGAGAUGGAACAGAAAGGAAAGAGAUUCCAAGAAGAGAUCACUGUGCGAAGAGCGCAAAGAUAUGAGACAGAAGAAGAACAAGAAGAGAGACAAGAAGAGAAAAAAGAAGCUGUUCAACUACAGCAAGCUGUUCAACAACUCCUUCAAAAUGAACAAGUACAAAGCAGUGAGGGAUCGAUGCAAUUGCAAAGUGCUGGACAACAAAUUGUUGAACAGCAAGACUUUGAGAGAGUCAUUGUCGAGCAUGGACAAAAGGUCUUGAUGAGUGGAGGUUUUGAGAUGGAGAUUCAAGGACAAGAGUUGAAGGGUGAUGGAUUGAUGAAGAGACAAGGGAGAGUUUUCGAUUCAGAAGAUGAGGAAGAAGUUGUUGAGGUGAUUCAGAAAGUCCAGGAGGCUAAACAGUACAAAGCGAAAUUUAUUGAGACUGAAGCUGAGGGUGGACAAUAUUCGAUGCAACAAGAGGGCAUUGAGUUGAAAGGUGCAAAGAGGAUUCGAAAAGUUCAACGUUUCGAAUCGGAUAGUAGUGAGGAAAUGAAUGGUGGAUCGCCGACACUUGUCGAUUUGAUGAAAAAGGAAUCGCACUCUGUUUUCGAGUUAACCAUUGAAAUCGCAAAUGAGACAAAGCAAGAGGUGCAAGUGAAGAGAGCUGAGCGUAAGAAAGAGACCAUCAAUUUUAUGACAUCACUCUCAAAAUUCACCUGUGAACAAGAGGAAGUCACAAAAGUUUGGAGCAGUAAAGCGAAAGCCAAAGAAACCUAUCGAGCACGGGAAUUGGGCGAAGAGCACGCAAUAGCGGUCAUCUAUUUACAGAAGAGACCUGGGUUGAACGAUCAAUCAGCCGAAGGGAUCGCAAAGACACCAAAUCGGGGAUCCGCCAGCUUUACCGGAUCAGCUUUCCAAGAAAGAUCUUGGUCAUCAACCCUCUCAUUGUCACGGGGUGUCAAAUCAGAAAUGGCUCAAUCGAAAGUGUCCGAGGUGCAAAAGAGUAAAGUUUCAUCGAAAAUGGUCGAGUAUGGAGACGCGGUUGAAUCGUGCGCUGUCGUCAUGAAGAAUACGGGAACACUGCAUGGACAAGUGCAUGGAGAACUCGUCGAAGAAGUCACAGACAUCAACACUUCUUCUUCCACCAGCAGCGCUUCGUGCGUCGAGAUCACUAAGUCCCUAGUGUUGCAAAAUUUUCGCGCUCUUUUGCCUUUACAUGGCCACGCGUGUCACACAUGUCCCCUAGUGGCGGUGCGGUCACUCGGCUUCCACCUGAGCUCAAGGUGGGAGUCGAUUGAGAUAAAUGAUGAACUUCUUUCACAAGAGGUGCGGCUGCGAAGGAAAGAGCAACGUGCCGAGAUCACCGUCUUCUAUGUGCUGCGAAGAGUUUGGGGAAACUAUCAGCACGCAUUGAAGAAGCUCCGUUUGGCCGGUUGGCAGAGUUAUGAAGAACGGUGGAGAGAAGAAGAGCGCUUGAAAGCGAUGCAACGACAGGGUUUCGACGAAUGGCGAUCAAGAUCCGAAACACAUUCGUAUGCCACGUACGAGUCGGAUGAGUACGUGAUGGACACAGCGAGUACGCAUAUUGUGACAGAAGCACAACAAAAAGAAAUGGCGCAAGAGCCACAAAUAACAAGAAUUCAACAACAAUUACAACAAAUCAACAAAUCAAAACAAGAACAAGAACAAGAAAAAGAAAAUGAACAAGAACACAAAGAAAUCAAAACAAGAACAAUUGAAAUGACGCAAGAGUCGAAAGAAAUCCGAUCGGUUUAUGAGGAAUCAACGCUUGAUGCUGAGCUCAGAGAUGCUAGUGUUUUGAGUGAAACGGCCAUGAUUCGAUGGACGAGAUCCGCGUCCGAAGGACCGAAGAAAGUCAGAAAGCUGCAACAAAAGCUGAGAUUGAAGCUCUCAAAACUUCCAAAGUUGAACAAAUCUCAACCAUCACCGCCUCUCUCACAGAAUUUCUUCAAGAAUCUAGAGCCAAAGAAGUUGAAGAAUCAAGUAAAGCUGAACACUUUGAGAGUUUGGCUGAAGAACAGCAAAGUGAACAAGCUUCAGCCAUCGCUACCUCUC